AUGCAUCAAGAAGCCAUCAAUGCAAUUGACGACCUUGUCGAUAUCUGCAAAAAGGAGGGGAACGACUCUCUUUAUACUGAUCAAGGGUUCGCUGUCAUUGUUGAUGAUAGCGGAUACACGAGGGACCCCGAUUUGGCUGUUUGGGGGGAGGAACGAUUGAGAAACAACUUCCUUGAAAAAAGAAAUCCCAAGUUUGCGGAACAAAUGGAUGAAGCAGUGGGACAGAUCAACUUUGGCGUUCUCAUCAAGACCUUUCCUUCCAAGGGAAAAAACUACCCCCCAAAUCGUGAUCCUGGUUCAAUCCCCAUGUGUGGCUAUGAUAUUUAUGUGGCUCGUCGUGGUGAGGGUUGGAAUGUGACGAAAGCAAACCCCAAAGUCACUUAUCGCGUCGGGCGUGACGAAGAUGUCAGCUUGGUGAUUCUUCCAGGUGAUGCCCUUGGUGAAGGUAACUACAACGACAUCUCAUUCCUUAUCCAUGCCAUCCAGCGAGCGCUUGAAGAAAAUAAUGUGGUUUUUGAACCACAAGUUGUUGGGAAAGCGGAUUAG